UUUCUAUUAACAAACAUUUUCCAUUCAACAAAGGUUGAUUUUGAUUGUUACAAUCCGUAACUGUAGUGAUGACAGUAAAAUUGUGCUUGCUUGAGGUAGCUAGUCACAACCAUAUUUGACAGCUAAAUUGAUCUGAAUCCACAGCAUACUAAUCUAAUUAUCUCAAUCUGUGAAUGCAACUGCAAAUAAUAUAAAUCCCCAUUGGAUUCAUUAAUUUCCACAAGUGAAAUCAAACAUGGCUUCUUCACAUGUUUUUCUCAUGCUUUCUCUCUGUUUAGCCUCGAGCACAUUUGCUUUUGGUGGGAAUUUCUACACUGAUUUUGACAAUCUCUUUGGAGAUAAAAGGGUUAACAUACAAGAAGGUGGCAGGAGCAUGUCCCUGACAUUGGACAAGUUUUCUGGCUCUGGCAUUGCAUCCAAAAAUGAAUACUUGUUUGGAAGAUUUGACAUGCAAAUCAAGCUUGUGCCAGGGAACUCUGCAGGCACUGUCACUGCAUUUUAUCUAAGCUCUCCAGGAACAACACACCAUGAUGAGAUUGAUAUUGAGUUCUUAGGCAACUUGUCUGGUGAACCAUAUCUGCUAUCAACCAAUAUAUAUGCCAAUGGUAAAGGAGAUCGCGAGAUGCAGUUCUAUCUUUGGUUUGAUCCAACAAUGGAUUUCCACACCUAUUCUAUUGAUUGGAAUCCUCAGCGCAUAAUAUUUUUGGUGGAUAACAUUCCCAUUAGAGUGAUGCACAAUAGGGAAGACCUUGGUGUUCCUUUCCCUACAAGGCAACCAAUGAGGGUGUAUUCAACAUUAUGGAAUGGAGAUGCUUGGGCAACAAGAUGGGGGCAAGUGAAGAUUGAUUGGUCAAAAGCUCCAUUCAUAGCAGGUUAUAGAAACUUCAAUGCCAAUGCAUGCAUUAUGAGGCAAGGGGCAUCAUGUGCAGGUUUCAAUGGUGGAAGAAACAGAGGUCUUAGUGCUGCAACAAAGAAGAAAAUGAAAGAGAUUCGUUCAAGAUGGCUAGUUUAUGACUAUUGCAGAGAUUUUAGACGUUACUCUCAUGGUCUUCCCUUUGAAUGCCGCAAGAAGAAUCAUCGUUUGACUUUUGAAGAGAGUUAAUUGGAAUCAUAUUACACUACUAAGAAAACUCAAUUUUCUGAUGGAGUUUGUGAUGGUUCUAAAUCCGUAACUACUAGCCAAUUUACCUGCGAUCAAUGCCAAUGUAUCGUUAUUUUAUCGUUAUUUUACUAGUUUGUGACGGAAUUUGUCCGUCACUAAUUACUUUUUUUAGUGGUGUUGCAUCUCCAAUAUUGUUGUGAGCAUGGCAAUUAAACCAUGCAGAAAUUUUUUUAUUCAUUUAAAAAUUUAAGUGUUCUAUUG